AUGCCUUCUCACAGCACUCGAGCAGUUGUCCAUCAUGAGCUGCCCGAAACUGGAUUUUCUGCCAGACGGUUUCCAAAAUCUUUCUGCACUUCGAAGCUUGAACAUUUUUUGCCAGAUUGGUUUGAGAAUUUUUCUUCUCUUAGAUCAUUGGCAAUUUCUAACUGUGAACGUUUGAUAUCCUUACCAGAAGGACUACAACGACUCAGUACUCUUCAGCAUCUAUCAAUUCAAGAUUGUCCUCAUCUCGAAAGACUCUGCAAGAAGAAAAGAGGAUCAAACUGGUUGUAUUGUGGGAAGAAGCAGUCGUUGCCAAUGUCCUCAACUGGUAUGGUUCCUCCAUCUGAUAGUAUUAACCCUUCUGCAUAA